GUUCUCCAUCGUACUCUUCGAGAGCACAGCAAGAGAGAGCUGAAGAACAUGGCGAACAAACACUUGUCCCUCUCCCUCUUCCUCGUCCUCCUUGGCCUGUCGGCCAGCUUGGCCUCCGGGCAAGUCCUCUUUCAGGGCUUCAACUGGGAGUCGUGGAAGCACAAUGGCGGGUGGUACAACUUCCUGAUGGGCAAGGUGGACGACAUCGCCGCCGCCGGCAUCACGCACGUCUGGCUCCCUCCGGCGUCGCAGUCCGUCGCCGAGCAAGGGUACAUGCCGGGCCGGCUGUACGAUCUGGACGCCUCCAAGUACGGCAACAAGGCGCAGCUCAAGUCCCUCAUCGGGGCGCUCCACGGCAAGGGCGUCAAGGCCAUCGCCGACAUCGUCAUCAACCACCGCACGGCGGAGCACAAGGACGGCCGGGGCAUCUACUGCAUCUUCGAGGGCGGCACCCCCGACGCCCGCCUCGACUGGGGGCCCCACAUGAUCUGCCGCGACGACCGGCCCUACGCUGACGGCACCGGCAACCCGGACACCGGCGCCGACUUCGGGGCCGCCCCCGACAUCGACCACCUCAACCUGCGCGUCCAGAAGGAGCUCGUCGAGUGGCUCAACUGGCUCAAGGCCGACAUCGGCUUCGACGGCUGGCGCUUCGACUUCGCCAAGGGCUACUCCGCGGACGUCGCCAAGAUUUACAUUGACCGCUCGGAGCCCAGCUUCGCCGUGGCCGAGAUAUGGACGUCGCUCGCGUACGGCGGGGACGGCCCCUGGACAUGA